CCCUCAGACGUACCACAUGUCUCCAUCUCGACGCCCAUACUACAGUCCCAGCAUGAGGAGGGGGUUGGAGUGCAUACCCGAGAACGUAUAUGAGGAGUCCGAUCAGCCUUUGGCGGGGCCCUCUCGCUACAACGUCCCGAUACCGCGCAAGGCUCAGAGAAGUACACCACCUACCUAUGCUACACCCACCAUCCGCGCCGCUAGUCGUUCAGACACCCGAACGUUUGGUGGCCGCAUAAACGUCCCACAAAUCAUUGUUACCCGCGCACAAUCCCCCUCUCCCGCGCCGUCUUACCUCAGCAUCCCACCUUCGAAACCGACCCAAGAUCGCACUCUUCUGACUACCCCAGAUGCUGGGCGGCUCUCUUCGCGGGACAAUGUGCCACACAAACGAGACGAGGAUCGUUGGAUACGCGUCGAGUCGAAGGGGGGGAAGAGCAACCGCAACAGCACGCGGAAAGUUCCGCUGAUAACACCGCAGGCGGAUAUGGGGACCUGCCGACGAACGCACAGGCAUCCUGUGACAGUGAGCAUAGUCCCAGUCGACUCUGACGAUGACGAGUAAGGUGUCUGCGAGUGGGGAGGGGGGCGUCGAGGAGUCGGGCGGGGGUUCAGGUGGGGGUCGCAUUCCGCAUUGUAACAUAUUAUUCCAUUAGUCUACCAUUACGAUCGUCACGCUGCGCACAGUAUUGUAUCAGUAUCAUAAGUCUCCAGGAUAAUUUAUGUAUCACGCACCUCUCUCGUACUGCCGGUGUUCCUAAUUUAAUUCACUGUCUCGGUCAGUCAACGGUCACAGAGGCUGAUAACG